GCACCGCGGACAGCGCCCCGCGGCCACGGCCGCCCGCUGAACGGAGCCCGCCCGACGCGCUCAUGUUGAGACACAGCAAUUCUAAAGACAUGCAUCGGAGGCACGCCACCCUUCGGGAGAAGGGCCGGCGCCAGGCCAUCCGGGGCCCUGCCUACAUGUUCAACGAGAAAGGCACCAGCCUCACCGCAGAGGAGGAGCAUUUCCUGGACUCCGCAGAGUAUGGCAACAUUCCUGUCGUGCGGAAAAUGCUGGAGGAAUCCAAAACUUUGAACUUCAAUUGCGUCGAUUACAUGGGACAGAACGCCCUCCAGCUGGCCGUGGGGAACGAGCACCUGGAAGUGACAGAGCUGCUCCUCAAGAAGGAGAACCUGGCCCGAGUUGGGGAUGCCCUUCUGUUGGCCAUCAGCAAAGGGUACGUGCGCAUCGUGGAGGCGAUCCUGAACCACCCGGCCUUUGCGCAGGGACAGCGCCUCACGCUCAGCCCCCUGGAGCAGGAGCUGAGGGACGAUGACUUCUACGCCUACGAUGAAGAUGGAACUCGCUUCUCCCACGACAUUACCCCCAUCAUCCUUGCUGCCCACUGCCAGGAGUAUGAAAUUGUUCACAUCUUACUACUCAAAGGUGCACGGAUUGAAAGGCCGCAUGACUAUUUUUGCAAGUGCAAUGAAUGUAUGGAAAAGCAGAGGAAAGACUCCUUUAGCCACUCUCGCUCAAGAAUGAAUGCCUACAAGGGAUUAGCCAGUGCUGCUUAUUUGUCUCUGUCCAGUGAAGACCCUGUCCUUACUGCUCUAGAGCUUAGCAAUGAACUGGCCAGGCUAGCCAACAUUGAAACUGAAUUUAAGAAUGACUAUAGGAAGUUAUCUAUGCAAUGCAAGGACUUUGUUGUGGGGGUGCUGGACCUGUGCAGAGACACUGAAGAGGUGGAGGCCAUUCUGAAUGGAGAUGUGAACAUCCACCUGUGCCCUGAGCACCACCGGCCGAGUCUGAGCAGGAUUAAACUUGCUAUUAAAUACGAGGUCAAAAAGUUCGUUGCUCACCCCAACUGCCAGCAGCAAUUGCUCACCAUGUGGUACGAAAACCUCUCAGGCCUACGGCAGCAAUCCAUAGCUGUGAAGUUCCUGGCUGUUUUUGGGGUCUCCAUCGGGCUGCCCUUCCUUGCCAUAGCCUACUGGAUUGCUCCCUGCAGCAAGCUGGGACGUACCCUUCGAAGCCCUUUCAUGAAGUUUGUGGCUCAUGCAGUUUCCUUCACAAUCUUCCUGGGACUGUUAGUGGUGAACGCCUCCGAUCGGUUUGAAGGGGUCAAAAAUCUCCCCAACGAGACCAUCACGGAUCAUCCAAAGCAAAUAUUCAGAGUCAAAACAACCCAGUUCUCAUGGACAGAAUUGCUGAUCAUGAAGUGGGUAUUGGGUAUGAUAUGGUCGGAGUGCAAGGAGAUCUGGGAAGAGGGUCCCCGUGAAUAUGUGGUGCAUCUCUGGAACCUGCUGGACUUUGGGAUGCUGUCCAUCUUUGUGGCAUCAUUCACUGCCAGGUUCAUGGCUUUUCUCAAAGCCUCUGAGGCACAACAGUACGUAGAUCAGUACGUUCAGGAUGAUGACCUCAAUAAUGUCACCCUUCCCCCUGAAGUUGCUUACUUUACCUAUGCCAGGAACAAGUGGCUCCCCUCGGAUCCCCAGAUCAUUUCAGAAGGCCUGUAUGCCAUAGCUGUGGUACUCAGCUUCUCCCGCAUUGCUUACAUUCUUCCAGCCAACGAAAGCUUCGGCCCCUUGCAGAUCUCUCUGGGCAGGACCGUGAAGGACAUCUUCAAGUUCAUGGUCAUCUUCAUCAUGGUGUUCCUAGCCUUCAUGAUUGGGAUGUUCAACCUUUACUCUUACUACCUUGGUGCAAAGUACAACCCCGCGUUUACAACGGUAGAAGAAAGUUUUAAAACCUUAUUCUGGUCAAUAUUUGGCUUAUCUGAAGUGAUAUCUGUGGUGCUGAAGUAUGACCAUAAAUUCAUUGAGAAUAUUGGAUAUGUACUCUAUGGAGUAUAUAACGUGACUAUGGUGGUUGUGCUGCUUAACAUGUUAAUAGCCAUGAUCAACAACUCCUAUCAGGAAAUUGAGGAGGACGCGGAUGUGGAGUGGAAGUUUGCACGUGCCAAGCUCUGGCUAUCCUACUUUGAUGAAGGAAGGACUUUACCUGCUCCUUUUAAUCUAGUGCCAAGCCCUAAAUCAUUUUAUUAUCUCAUACUGAGAAUAAAAAUGUGCCUCAUAAAACUCUGCAAAUCUAAGGCCAAAAACUGUGAAAAUGACCUUGAGAUGGGGAUGCUGAACUCCAAAAAACGGAAAGUUCGUUUUCACUCUAGCAUUCAGAACACAGAGAGUUUUUCUGGGAAGAACGCUUACACCAAGCCCACGAGAUACCAGAAGAUAAUGAAGCGUCUGAUCAAGCGCUACGUGCUGAAGGCUCAGGUUGACCGGGAAAAUGACGAGGUCAAUGAAGGAGAACUUAAAGAAAUCAAACAAGAUAUUUCCAGUCUCCGCUAUGAACUCUUAGAGGAAAAGUCCCAAGCUACUGGUGAGCUGGCCAAACUAAUACAGCAGCUGAGUGACAAGUUUGGGAAGACCUUAAAUAAGGACAUUUGAUGGAGAAUACAGAGAAAGACAACUUGUUUUCUAAACAUUGUUCAUUCUCAACCAGCAUCUAAGGAGGGCAGAAAAC